ACAUUACACACACACACACACACAUACGUUACACACCUGUCUAAGGAGAUAUAACGACUUGUCAAUAAUUACUUUGUCAACGGAGCGUCGCGGGUGAAAAAUUUGAAGCUCGAUCGCAGCAGCUGCCCGCCGCUGCUGUGGCUUAUAGAGCAUCGGCUAUAAGUGCAUUAUAGUGCCGACGACUGCAGGUAUACAUAUAUCGUCAGCUGUGUGUUUGUAAACGCUAUCUUAGCAACAUUUAGACGUGGCGUUGCAUAUAUUAUGCCGAUGAACAAUCAAUGAACCAGCGGGAAAUUUUCACUUUACGAAUGUGAUGCUGACGUAUGACAAUAUACACUUCAAUUAUCACUGGACGAGAAAAGAACGCUUCAAAUGGGGCCUAAUAUUACUUAGCGGCACGAGUCUGGUGUACGCGUCGAGAACAUCUGUUCCGCUGCUGGUGCCCGUGAUUGGCAAGGAGCGAGGAUGGAGCAAGACCGACUCGGGCAUGAUACUGUCGAGCUUCUUCUGGGGCUACACGCUGACCCAGGUGCUGGGCGGCUACCUGAGCGACCGUCUGGGCGGCCAGAGAAUACUGACGGUGGCCGCCAUCGGAUGGGGUCUGUCGACCCUGUUCUUGCCGGAGAUCAUCGACAAUUUUUCGGAUUACUACUCCAUACAGUUCAUAGUCCUGGCUAGAAUGAUUAAUGGAGCGUUUCAAGGAGUUCACUUUCCUAGUAUGAUAAGUUUGACGAGUCAACGAUUGAUAGAGUCCGAAAGGGCUUCUUUCUUUAGCCUAGUUACCUCUGGUUCCGCUGUAGGGACCGUAUUGACUGGAACAUUAGGAUCUUAUGUUUUAGAAAAUUAUACGUGGCAUACUGUCCUCAGAGUUUUUGGACUUGUAAGUGUUGCCUGGACCAUUUUGGUAUUCUAUUAUUCAACAUUAUUGAAUGGAAGAUCAUCCACAGUAAAACAUACUUCAAGCAACAGACUGCCUAUUAGAGAAUUAAUUACUAAACCACCUUUCUGGGCAUGUUUGAUUGGACAUGCUUGCCAAAAUAAUUGUUUUUUUGUUCUACUAUCUUGGAUGCCUACAUACUUUCACGAUACUUUUCCAGAAGUUAAAAGCUGGAUAGUCAAUAUGGUACCAUGGCUGGCGUCAUUGCCAUCCAUCUUCAUCGGUCGAGUUAUAUCCGACAAACUCAUCAAGACUGGAUAUUCCGUCACGGCGACGCGUAAAAUUAUUCAAACAACUUGUUUCACUCUUCAAGCCGUUAAUUUACUGUUUUUAGCUGUGACAGACGCCCCUGAAAAAGCCAUUUUGUAUUUAACUUUAAUAAUAGCCGGUUCCGGCUUUCAUAAUAGUGCAAUUAUCGUGAACCCUUCGGAUUUAGCGCCUAAACAUUCUGGAAGUGUUUUUGGAAUCAUGAAUACGAUUGGAGCUAUUCCUGGAUUUCUGGGAGUGUACUUAGCUGGCCUCAUUUUACAGCAUACACACAGCUGGUCUGUGGUCUUUAUUUACAUUUUCAUUGUAGAAAUUAUCGGAGCUACCGUUUAUCUUGUUUAUGGAUCAGGCAAAGCAAUUUUGUGAGCAAUAUUGAUUUGUAAAAAAAA